AUGGCUCCAGUGGAAAUAGGCAAGCCGGUCUUCAGUGUAGACAGCCCAAAACCCACAUCCCAGCACCCGUGUCUGUACGACCACACCCUGAUCACCACUGACUUCGAUGCCCUUAAAUUCCACGCCGCAGCAUCGCUCCAGCUGCAAUCCGGUCAUCCCCACAAAACAGCAGCACCACAAAGUGACCUCUUAAUCACAUCACCGUACAACGACCCCAAACACCUCUUGGAUCUCAAAACCCUCGAUACACCCAACCAAUUGCUCGCCAAAGCCCUCACCAUAUUCAAACCCAUCCGUGACGACUACGCCACGGCGCCGUACACGGAAUCAUUCAAUUGGCAAGCCGUGUUUGAUUUCCUACGGAACUUAGCUCAAACGAAUGGGUAUCGGUGGGAGACGCAGUAUUUUUAUGUCGUUGUUUUCCGGUCCCGACUGCAGGCGGACAUCGAUAACCAGAGGCUGCAUGAUUUGGAUGCCUAUUCGCAUCAGGAGGCUGUUGCUAGUGGGGGUUUGCUGAAGUAUUGGUUUGGAACGAAGGAUGGGGAGAGAAGGAAUUUGGCUACUUGUCUCUGGCGUAGUCGCAAUGAUGCUAGGUUGGGAGGUACCGGGCCUUGGCAUAAGAAGGCACGCGGUGCUGCGCGAGAUUUGUACGAAAAUAUCACUUUUACGACACUUAAAUUGGUCAUUGAAGAUGAUGUUCGGUCGUGGAGAGUUACGGACUGGACGGAUGAGGACGAAUGA